CAGCACUUUUAGAGGAAGAAAGCGGCCGGACGGCUCACACACGCCGAGACCAACCCAAACCUCCAAAAACCACUUGAAUUUAUAUUUUAGCAAAAAUGACGACUGCACCAUAUAACUAUUCCUAUAUUUUCAAAUAUAUCAUUAUUGGUGACAUGGGGGUUGGAAAGUCAUGUUUACUCCACCAGUUCACAGAAAAGAAAUUUAUGGCCGACUGUCCUCAUACGAUUGGCGUUGAGUUUGGCACACGGAUUAUUGAAGUGAGUGGGCAGAAGGUGAAGCUUCAGAUUUGGGACACUGCAGGGCAGGAGAGAUUCCGCGCCGUCACACGCAGCUACUACAGAGGAGCCGCAGGGGCCCUCAUGGUGUAUGACAUCACCAGGAGAAGCACAUACAACCACCUCAGCAGCUGGUUGACUGAUGCCAGGAAUCUCACCAACCCCAAUACUGUGAUCAUUUUAAUUGGUAACAAAGCAGACCUAGAGGCCCAGCGUGAUGUCACAUAUGAAGAGGCCAAGCAGUUUGCUGAAGAAAACGGUUUGUUAUUCCUCGAGGCAAGCGCAAAAACAGGCGAGAAUGUGGAGGAUGCAUUCCUUGAAGCCGCAAAGAAGAUCUACCAGAACAUUCAGGACGGCAGCCUGGACCUGAACGCGGCCGAGUCAGGGGUCCAGCAUAAGCCCACCGCUCCCCAGGGUGGCCGGCUCAGCAGUGACGCACAGCCCCAGAAGGAGGGCUGCAGCUGUUAAUGACCAUGAAGACUACACUCUCUUUCUAUUUCUCUAUUCCUUCUUCUCCCACAUCCCACCUUUGCCUCCCUGUGUAUCUAAAAGCCUCUCCCCUUCCGGUAUGAUUGCUCAUGGAGUCUGGGGCCAGAUGGCUCUGGAGGUGUAACAAAAUUAAUUCCCUCCUUACUGCUCUCUUCUUCCCUUCCUCCUCUUCUCCUGUCUUCCCUCAGUUGUUUUGCUUAUUUCUCUUACGCACACAUCCCAGUGCUCCCAGGAAGCACUCGAGGGAGGACGGCUCCUCCGCUGAACACUAAACCUGAAGAGAGAAGAUUAUUGUCGAUAAACUGAAGAAAUGCUGGGUUUAUCCUUUACAGACGUGAUGUGCAUAACCAUAAACUAAACAUCUCAUGUACAGGAGCUGUCUGAAUACUAGAGUAAUGUAAAUGGAACAGAAAUAUUGGCAGACGUUAUUCGUGUUGACAUGAUGAUCAGCAGGAUAUGCAUCAAUAUUGUUAACAUUUUGUUAAAAAUUCUAAAACUGAAAUAUUGUAUUGUUUUAAAUUCGUUUUUGCAGUUUCACAUCCAAUCACCAAAUAUUUAUCCCUGUUUGUACCUAUUCAGGAAAUAAUAUACAUGUACUAUACAGGAUUAGUAUUGUUUUGAGAAGAAUCUCAAAGGAAGGUCCAUUGUAAAAAAAAAAAAAAAAAAAAAUCAGUCGAUUCAGACAGUUAUUUUAAUUUAGUAACUGUUAUAGUAAUAUAUUGAAAAGGACGGGACACAUUUUAGGUCCUGAAGAAUGUUUUCUGCACUUUGCAGUUUUGAUUCGGUUUUCCGAGGGCCAGGAGCUUGUUUUGUGUUACUGAGGUCUAAAGUCUUUCAUACUAUGAGGUUUCAGAUCCCCUUCGGUCUGUUUUUGAGCAUCUGUAAAAAUGUCAACAUCACAGUAGCUUAAGAAAAACAGACCGACAGGAGAAUCAUGUACCGAAUGUUCAGGCCCAGCAAACCCUCAUCAAGAUGUUCAUAUUGUUUUUACAUUGAUAAUUUCAGUUGCCUUAUAUGCUUUUGUUCCCUCUGAUGUGCUGCCCGUUUUAUUCAAAACCCUCGUAUAGCUUUUAUCGAAAGAAUUCCAGCAAUUCACUUGUAAUAGAGAUUUUGCCUUUUCAAAAGCAUUCCAUUAAAUUGAUUUCCAAACACUGAUCAUGUUUUUGCACAGAGCUGAGUUUCUUAAAGGUUUCUUAAGCAUGAUGCAUGAUACAACUGCUUUUUACAGACAUCAUGGUUUCCCCUAAUGGAGUUAUUAAUAUCUUAAAAGUUAUGAAUAUGUAACAAAUAGGCAUGAGAAACAUCAUUGUGGGGAAACUCGGCCCAGAUCUGAUUAGUACAGCAAUUUGAAAAAAGGGCUGAUGCGACAACCAGCAUCAUGCAACAUUUGCAAU